AUGAGGGGAGAGAAUGUAACCAAGGUCAGCGCUUUCGUCCUGCUGGGCUUCCCCACGGCCCCCCGGCUGCAGUAUGCGCUCUUCCUCCUCUUCCUGCUCACCUACCUCUUCGUCCUGGUGGAGAACCUGGCCGUCAUCGUCACCGUCUGGAGCAGCGCCGCCCUCCACAGGCCGAUGUACUACUUUCUGAGCUCCAUGUCCUUCCUGGAGAUCUGGUAUGUGUCUGACAUCAUCCCCAAGAUGCUGGACGGUUUCCUCCUGCAGCGGAAACGCAUCUCCUUCAUUGGGUGCAUGGCUCAGCUGUAUUUCUUCAGCUCCCUGGUGUGCACCGAGUGUGUGCUCCUGGCCUCCAUGGCCUACGACCGCUACGUGGCCAUCUGCCACCCCCUACGCUACCAAGUCAUCAUGACCUCAGGGUUCUGCGUCCAGCUGGUGAUCUUCUCCUUUGUGAGCGGCUUCUCCAUCUCUGUGAUCAAGGUCUACUUUAUCUCCAGCGCCACGUUCUGUGGCUCCAAUGUCCUGAACCAGUUCUUUUGUGACAUUUCCCCCAUCCUCAAGCUGGCCUGCACAGACUUCUCGACUGCAGAGCUGGUCGACUUCAUCCUGGCCUUCAUCAUCCUGGUGUUCCCGCUCAUGGCCACCAUGCUGUCCUACGGACACAUCGCCCUGGCUGUCCUGCACAUCCCCUCGGCCACUGGCCGUUGGAGAGCCUUCUCCACCUGUGCCUCCCACCUCACCGUGGUCACCAUCUUUUACAUGGCCAUGAUCUUCAUGUAUGUCCGGCCCCAGGCCAUUGACACACGGAGCUCCAACAAGCUCAUCUCUGCUGUUUACACAGUCCUCACUCCAAUAAUCAACCCUUUGAUCUAUUGUCUGAGGAACAAAGAAUUUAAGGAUGCCUUGAGAAGGGCUCUGGGCUUAGGUCAACCUUCACAGUAA